AUGGACCCCCCGCCCCCCACGCCCUCCGCCCCGCACCUGCCCAAGGAGAAACACGACUCCAACGGAUACAACGAUCCAACGGCCACAGCGAGCCCAACGGCUACAACACCACCCCCCCACCCCGCCAGCAUGGCGCUCCCUCAUCCCCACAGGCAUCGACCUCUUCACCGCAUCCGUCUACCCCGCCACCCUUCUCCUCGGCUCCGUCUACAGCACCCUCUCCCCCGACACCGCCUCAACCGACUCCUACUUCUCGCGCAAAUCCAACUUUGCAAACAUCUUCUUCGUCAAAUACGGCUGGCUCUGGACCACCCUCGUCUUUGCCCUGCACCUCACGCGGCUGCGCUCCCCCUCGCGGCCACAAGCCCUGCUGCGCUACGCCCUCGCACACUCUGGUGGGUGGCCGUCACGCAGUGGUUCUUUGGCGCGCCAAUCAUGGACCGCACCUUCACGCUCACGGGCGGGGCGUGCCGCGCCGUCAUGCGCGACCCCGGCGCCGUGAAGGAGGUGCUGGGCGAGAAGGUGCUUGCCGCGACGAGCGCGGCGUGUAAGCUGGCGGGCGGGCGGUGGCGCGGCGGCCAUGAUCUGAGUGGGCAUACGUUCCUGCUGACGCAUGCGAGUUUGUUUCUGUGGAGUGAGGUGAUGCCGGUGCUGCGUGGGGUGCGUGGGUGGAGGGGGUGGCGGACGGGGGGUGUGGUGGGGUUGUUGGCCGUGUGGUGGUGGAUGUUGUUGAUGACGGGGUGUACUUUCAUACGUGGAGGGAGAAGUUGA